UAACAGACAACUGUGAGGAGUUGUGAGAAGAUGGGCAUACACUGGCUGGCUGGACCGAUGGAAAGAUCCUAGAGGAAGAUUUGGAUUUAUGUCUAAUGUCAUGUCGCACAAACUCGAAGAUCUACAGGCAAAAACCAACAAGUUGGUAGAAGAGGUAGGGCAGUCAAGGAAGACGAGACUUCCUUCAGGUGAACGUAGAGAAGACAGAGGUGAUGAAGAUACCCAACCAGCAGCAGCAGUAGCAGCAGCAACAACAACAACAACUACUACUACUACUACAGUCACCAAUCACCAUCAACAAGAGAAAUCUGAACAAAGUUGUCUCUUUCACCUACAUACCUACCUAGGCAGCAUCGUUUCAACUACCGGCCACCGUAUAGGCACAGAUGAGGAUGUCAAAGCCAGCCAGCCAUAAUUGGAAAGAC